CAUAAAUGCAGAGAGACAGGGGCUUUAUAUUUGUCUUUCUCUCUCGCGUUAUCUCGAUUUAGCCCUAACCUAUACGGCUGCUUCACCCAGAUUUCCUCAUCUUAACCAGGAAAGAACCAAAAACCCAUUUUCAAUUCAUCGAUCAAAAUAUAUUUGUGGCUCAGAUUCUUUUCUUCUUUGGUGUUUAGAUCUCUUUCCCAUUUGUUUAUCCGUCGAGACGUAUCGGUUCUGUCCGAAGAAGCGUGUUUGUUAUUUGCUGUUGUUUUAUCCGAAUCGAAAAACAAACGAGUGGAAGAUGGCUGGAGGUGGAAACAGGAGAGACGAAGGGUCGAUUACGAUCCAGAGCACCAAUUUGUUUGCAGCGUUGGACACUCGCAAGAAGAAGAAGAAGAAGACUGACAAAGCUGGCAAGAGCAAAGGGUCCUCCUCCUCCUCCUCUAAGCCACAGGUUUUCUGGGCGCCUACGCCUCUGAAAGUUAAGUCUUGGGCUGAUUUAGAUGAUGACGAUGAAGACGAUGACUAUUACGCUACCACCGCUCCUCCCUCCUCUGGUUGGACCACUUCUGAGCCCAAAGACACUCCUGCUGAGGAAAGUGAAAGUGAGGAAGAUGUACUUGACGAAGGUGAUGAUGAUGUGGAUGAAGAGCACGAACAUGAAACAGAGGUGCAAGUUCAUCCGGAACCAGAGCCUGAAGUGAAGAAAGCACCUGAAGCUCCCAAAGAGGCAGAGAGGCAACUUUCCAAGAAAGAGAGGAAGAAGAAGGAACUUGCUGAGCUUGAGGCUUUGUUAGCAGAUUUUGGAGUUGCCCCUAAGGAGGAUAAUGGUCAAGAAGAGGCUAAAGAAGAGGUCAAUGGAGAAGGAGAGAAGAAAGAGAAUGCAGCAGGUGGGGAGUCAAAGGCAUCAAAGAAGAAGAAAAAGAAGGAUAAACAGAAGGAGGUUAAAGAAUCUCAAGAACAACAAGCUAACACAGAUGAAGCUACUGGGUCUGAACCGACUGAGGAAGAAUCUGCAGUUGAUGUCAAAGAAAGGCUGAGAAAGAUUGCAUCCAUGAAGAAGAAGAAAUCAAGCAAAGAGAUGGAUGCCGGAGCCAAAACUGCCGCCCAGGAGGCAGCUGCAAGACGUGCAAAGCUGGCGGCUGCAAAGAAGAAGGAGAAGAACCACUAUAACCAACAGCCUGUGCGGUAAGACCACCCACCAUUUUGAUCUUUUGAUGGACAUACGAGUAUGGGCAUGUAUGUGGCCGUAUUUUGUUCAUAAUGGUGUCUUCUUCUCAGCUCUGCUUUAAUAAAUCUUUUGAAGGUUUCUGGUUUUAGACUUGAUACGCACAUUGAAUUUUUCUAGUCUUAUUAUGAAUGUCCAAAGACAAAAAAACUUGAAAAUUUCGUUCCUUUCUGUAAACUUUUGUCCUUUUUAAUCUCAGACCUUUUUAGGUGCGAUGAUUUUACCUUCUCUUUUCAAAUUAUCUUCUUAUGUAUGGGUUGAUGGUUUGCUUUAUUACUCAUGGAGAUGAAUCUUAGUUGU